GCUUGUUAGGCUAUCCAGUAUACUAAAACAAUGAGCAUGGCUUACCGAUGUUUUUGCUGGCGUCUCUAGGCGCGUUGGGUUCACCAAAUGUGGGACGGAUGGACGCCGCUUCUGCACAGACUGCAUCCGGAGCGGUCCCUCCCACACCGGUGGCGUCUCUGUGUUGGCUCUGUUCACUGAGUAAACUCAGGAACAGGUUCGUAGCCUUCACCGCGUACAGGUACAGAGGCCGUCUUCAGGAGAGCCGUAUGGGGGUUGAAUUGGAAACGCCGACUGGUAAGCGCUGGCGAUUGGCAAGGGAUGAUAUCCGAGUGUUCGACGUGUUAUGAUCGGGCUGCUCGUGGUAGGUGGCGUUUUCUUCCGUAAGAGAAUAUGAGCGAAUUUUGAAAGUGAUAUAGUUGAAGUGGGGAAGGAGGGAUAGCGAUGGAGGAGGUUGCUGCGACGCCUUUUCAUGAGGAAUUUAUGAGUGGAUAGAGAGGGAUUGGUCGGAUCGUA